UAAGGUGACAAUAGAAUAGCAUUGUUGCCAGUGGUGCAUGCGCCUGAGAAUCUCGUGGGUUGUGUGGCUGGUUCAAUCACUCACUCACUCACUCGCGGAUUGCGGGGAGCGGACCGGGAUCUUCUUCGUCUUCGGGCGAUGGCAAUGGCAAUGAUCAUCCGCGCAAUGUUGCCCUUUUUCAAGGUCGUUUAUCCAGAGAGCACAAUAACAAUCCAUCCUCAGUGAGGUGUAAGACUUGGACCGUGAUGGACGUGUUUGUGGAUCUCUCCGUGUAGUGGUCAAAACUGAUUGAAGCCCAGAGGCCCUCCCCACUUGAAGAAGACGAAGACGACACACUGGAUUGAACCAAAAGUGACUGUGGGUGUAAAGGGUCAUCAUGAACAAGUGACAUGCAGUCGGGGUGUCCGAAUCAGCCACAAAAUGAAUGCCAAACCCAGGAGAAGAAAGGAAGUGUCCGGGGAAAUCCGAGGAAGUUUCCACUUCCAUUACAGUGAUCAAUUUGGGGCAAGGUCGAGCCCAGCCCACGUUUUUUGUCUUUUCUUACUGCUUGCCUUAAUUGGGGUAGGAGGAAUCUCAGCUCAAACCGAUUUCUCCGUCAGUGCCACGCCUUCCCAUUUGGUGACGUCUCCCAAGACCAAUAUCAGUUUGGUGUGCACCUCCACGGUCAAACCCAUCCUUUGCCUGUGGAAAACUCCGUAUGGCCAUAUCUACACCUUGAGCGAGGGCGUGUUUGCCGAGAGUGGGCGUUUGAGGUACUUGGAGCAACGGUUCUCGAGCGAUAAUCACUGUGGACUCGAGAUUGUGGGCGUGGAGCUGCGUGAUAGAGGUCGAUGGGAAUGCGAAGUGGGUGCAGUUAUCCACGACGAUUUUCGCACCAAGACGGAUCGCAUCAAUUUGGACGUGAAAGAGUCCUCGCCUAGAAGUUUAGACUCCAACUUAGGCCCACGACCCAAUCCUAACCAGAGCAACCGACGGAUUUCGACGGAUGAUGGCAAUGACGAGGUUGACUUGCCAGCCACGCAAGAGGUCGGGGAUGAUGUAAUUUUGAACUGUUCCUCGGAUCGCGAGGUCCACCUUUGUCGAUGGAAGACGCCCUACUUGAAUACCUACAUUGUUGGCGAGGGUAUUUACGUGGAAACGGGACGAAUCGCAUGGAAGGGUUCAGAUCCGAAAUUCGACUGCACCAUCCAAAUCUCACAUUUGGAGCUCCGAGAUUCAGGCACGUGGGUCUGUGAGAUAGGAUCGAGCACCAAUCAGAAUUUCCAGGUUCAGACCAAAGAGUUUCAGAUUGUCAUUGAAACUCCAUUGAAGCUCUCCGCUCCAACGGCGUUGAUGCAAAACGCCAAUACCGACGCUACUCUGGUCUGUCACGCCAACAAACCUUUCGAUGAGUGUCUCUGGACCACGCCUUAUGGUUCAACCUAUAGCUUCAAAGGAUCGGACUCCAGUCACGAAAAUGGUCGGAUUUCGUUCUUCGGUUUUACGGAGACCGAUUGUGGGAUCAUCGUGUCCAAUGUGGGACCGCAAGACAAUGGGGGAUGGCAAUGCCAACUCCAUUCCAAAGCCGGAAACUUCUUUCAAAAUGCAACUGACGUUGUCCCACUUUUUACCGAUUCCUCAUCGUCAUUUCCUCCCUCCAAUGCUCAACCCCGUGCCAUAUCAGAUUAUGACUAUGCUGAUAAACAAACGCCUUCUCCAUCCCCUUCGUCAAAGUCUCCGUUUUUGCCCUCGACGUCGUCUUUACCACAGUCAUCACCAUCUUACUUCGGUGAUGAUGCUAUUGAUUAUGUGGGUGGGGAUUUUGACAGAGUGCAGGCCUCUGAAGCGCAAAGAAAUCCCGUUACAGUACAAAUUAUUCAAAUUGAAGAUACCUUGAAAGAGGUUCCGGGGAUUGUACGCGACAUUAAACGCAUUGGAAACAAAGGAGAGGUCAGAAUAGAUAAGGUUGACCCCACUCCAAACCCGUCUACACCUCCAACGUCCAAUGCUGACUUUGACGAGGAUCCGGUAGCGGGUAUUCACGUGUUUGAGCUCAGCAAGAUGUCAUCUAGUGGGUCCACUUCGCCCGUAAUGGGCGCCACAACUGGGAUCACGGUAACUGCCAACCCGUUAAGCGUGUUUGAACCCACUACGUCUGGAUUGGGUGUAAACCCGAUCGAACUUGAACUGCUCUCGCGAAUCAGUGGUACCAGAAGGGAUGCCCGGCCAUUCAAGAUCGACUUCAUAGCCGAAGAGCCGGCUCCCAAUAAUAAUCCAUCUAGUGUAGUGCCACAGACCACAGAGAAGGUAUUGACUACCACUGCUGAUGCUCCAUUACCCAACCCCACUAGAUCAAGAACUACCUCAAGAUUUGUCCCCGUGCCAACUAGCACCUCAAACCCUUCAAAUCCGAGGAACUCCAAUGAUAUGCGGAGAAAGGAGGUUAUCAGAAUUCGUGGAGAGCGACGAAAAACAAAUCUGCCUUCCAAGGACAAAGAAAUGGAAGACCAAACUCUCAGUCAAGAUGAAGCAGCGGAGCGGGAAAACAGGCUGAAAGAAGAGGCCCAAAAGGAUGUCGAAGAGAAGGAAAGAACAGCAAAUGAGGUUAGAAGACAGAAAGCUGAAGAAGAAAUCAAGAGGAGGCGUUCUGAAGAACGCCGAAGAAAACAAGAGGAGGCCACGAAACGAGCACGAGAAGAAGAGGAAAAGAAGAAGAAAUUGGAAGAAGAGGAACAGAAGAGGAAAGACGAGGAACUGAAGAAGCAACGCGAAGAAGAGGAGAGGAAAAAACUCGAGGAUGCGGAGAAGAAAAGGAAACAAAAGGAAGAAGAGGAGAGGAAACAAAAAGAGGAAAAAGAACGGAAAGAAAAGCUGGCUGCAGAGCGCAAGCUUCUUGAAGAACGGAGAAGAGCUCUGGCUGAACAGAGGAAAAAAGAAGACGAGAAUCGAAUGGCCGAGUUGGAAAAUAAACGCAGAUUGGAAUUACAAAGAAUUCGCCAAGAGGAACAAAAGCGACGAGAAGAGGCAAAGAGAAGAGAGGAAUUGGAGAAACAAAAGAGACUUCUGGCCGACAGAAAAGCCAGAGAGGAAGCUGCACUUGCAGCCGAAAUUGAAAGGAAAAAGAAGGAGGAAGAACUUCAAAAGAAAAAGGAAGAGGAGGCCAGACAAGCCAGGGGAGAAGCUGCAAAAAGAGCAGAAAUUGAAAGAAAACGCAAAGAAGAUCUGGAGAGGCGACAAAAACUGGAAGAGGAACGAAGAUCCCAAGAAGAAAUUGCCCGAAAAGCAGCUUUGGCUCAAAGUAGAAAAGAGGCUCAUGAAAGACAACUUGCUGAACAAAGGCGUCUGGAGGAAGAAAAUCAAAAGAAAUUGGAAGAGGAAAAGAAGAGGAAGCUCGAAGAAGAAAGAAGAAAGCAAGAACAAUUUCGGCGGGUAGAAGCUGAGAGGCGUCGUAAACAGGAAGAGGAAAGAACUGCUAGACUUGAGGCCCAAAAAAGACGGGACGAACUGGAGAGGAGGAGAAAAGUCGAAUCUGAAAAGAGACUUCGGGAAGAGGAAGCAAAACAGAAGAAAUUAGCCGAAGCCCGACUCGAGGAACAACGAAAGCAAGAGGAACAGGAACUGGAAAAGAAGCGAAGAGAAGAGGAAAUUCGCAGAUCGUUGGAACGGAUUCGCGAAGAAAAGAGGAAAACGGAACUUGAACAAAGGAGAGAAGAAGAAAGACUGAGAAAAAUCAAAGCACAGCAAGAGGAGAUCAAAAGAAGAAAAGAGGAACAAGAAAAGCUAAAGGAGCAACAACGCCUUCAACAAAUUCAAAUUCAAGAGAAUCUUGAAAGGAAGGAAGAGGAGGAAAAGCAAAGAACAAUUGACGAGGAAGAUAAAAAACGGCAAAAAGAACUGGAUGAUACGGCAAGGAAACAACAACAGGAGAUUGACCGUCAGCGCAAAGCCGAGCUACAGAAGAAAAUCCGCGAGGAGGAGGCACGUCAGAGAACGGAAAGUCAAAGAGCCUUGGAUUCCACUAGUUUGAACAGCUUGAACAAUGCCAAUAUUCGAAUUCUGGACACCAUCGAAGGGGGCAGGAAAAAAUGCGUUAUUGAUGCUAAUCCAUUGCAUGGAAAUAUUACCUGCGGUUCAGUCCAGCCCGAGGACGGCCAUUAUUACGUUCCAGAUGGUGGCGAAUGCGUCCUGUUCUGUAAAACGGGCUUUGUCUCUCGGUCUUUCCGCCAAGCUCGUUGCAUCAAUGGCUUCAUGACCCGCUUGGAAUGUGUUCGACCAGAUGCCAUGAUCCUUAUCGGGGGCAAGAGUGACACAUAUGGAGUGCUGAGCAGUGUUGAACUCGUGACAGGGAGGGGUGUAUGUCGUGGAGCUGUCCCCGAGUUGCCAGCUAUGCGUUGGCGAGCCAUCACGUCCACACUUGAAAAAGACAAGGUGAUCACUUGUGGUGGUGUCAACAUCUUCGGAGAUCCCAAAUCCAAUUGCUGGAUACUCUCGUUUGACCCUGACCCGAGUUGGUCGGUGGCAAGCCCGAUGAAUGUGGCACGAGAUGCGGCUGCAUGGGCGUUUGAAGAGAACGCUCUCUUCGUGUUCGGGGGAAGUCUCGGAAAAUUGAGUGGCUACACCGACAGUGUUGAAAUGUACAAUAUCAAUAGUGGGCAAUGGGUCGAGGGUCCGUCAAUGACCAGCUCCAGAUACUCCCAUUGUGCCGUGAGCUUGGGUAACGGGAGUGUCAUCGUCACCGGCGGCUAUGGAGGGCUGAAUCUUGCCGAGCGCUUUGAUAUCAACACGGGGGCAUGGACCCCCCUUCCCCAACUCAAUCCUAUACGCGCCCAACACGGAUGCGCCCUGGUUAAUUUCGAUGGCAAAGAAGGGGUCAUCGUAGUUGGAGGGGACUCGGGCGGUACCCGACUCAAGGACGUCCGCUUCUUGCCGUUGGAAAAUCCCAAUGAGUGGAAGAAGUUGGAGGACCUUAACACGGCCCGUUGGGGUCGACCGGCUGUGGGUGUUAUUGGUGGCCGUAUCACGGUGGCCGCUGGAUGGAAUGGCGUCAAAGAUUUAGACACCGUUGAAUACUAUGACGAGAGGGAAACCAAAUGGAAAUUAACCUCGUCUCGCCUCCAGACUGAGCGACGAUGGCCGUCAUCUACUCCAAUUUCCUUGAGUGUUUUCCCUAAAUGUGUCCAGAAGAGACAGUGAGUGACAAAUGUGCCUCUUUCCAUGAGGAGCCCCAAGCAAACUAGGUCGAUGAGAUCAUAGAGUUGUUAGUGUCACCAUUUCUAGGACAAUGCCGAAGCGCGAGGCAACACAAACAAAGUGGUCUUUUGACACCAUACCACCGAGAAGAGUGGUUAAAUUAGUGCUAGUGUAACGAAUGACUCCCUUCUAUACAACUCCUAUUUAUAUAACUUGAAAAUCAUAAGAGCCCAUAGCUUUAAAUGUUUACCGCCUGACGCUAACUCACACGCUGUUUUAUGGGACAGAAGUGUUCCAUUGAUUGUUCAAAGAAAUGCAAAGACACCAUGUUUCGUCCAUUCUCGUGAGUAAAUUGUCUAGAUUCAAUACAACCAAGUUCAAUAAAACACCUUGAAUGAA